CUCUUUAGGGCACGCUCAAGAAUCAUCCAUCGGUGGUUCUUCCAAACUCUCUCUAAUGGCGGAGUCUUAUUCCUCACCUGCGUUACCAGAUGACCAGCCAGACACUUAUGAAUCUGAAAAACCGGACAUUCAACCAACCCAACCAGAUCCGUCGCAGCCUACGCCUGCUCCAUCAUCUUCAUCGCCGUCGGAGUUGUCGGAGUUGCCACCUACGUCUUCAGCUGUUGCUUCUGUUCGUACUGUCGCAGAAACCCCUAAUUCCAAUUCUCUUUUGAUAACUCCGCCGCCACCGUUGGUCCAAUCAUUCGUGCCGUCGUCAAUUGCUCCUGGAGUUUUCCCUCCUUCGGCUCCCUCGUUCCGCACUGUGACGCCAGUUCCUCUGCCGACUCCUCAGUUCACUCCCCUCACAAACCCUAAUUUUCAGAAUCAUAACAUUCAGAACCCCAAUAUACAGCCUCCUGGAGUUAACCCUGUUUCUAUCAUGCUUCCCGGUGCGCCGGGCGGAGCUGGUUCGGUUACGGUAUCAGUGUCUCCCUUGCGACCCGCUGGUAUGUACCAGCCCCCCCCUGGUCAACCUCCUACUUCCGCCAUGAUGCCGAUGUACCAGCAAAUGCCCAAUGGAUUUAUGUUGGCGCCUACUACUAAUCAUCAGGGAACGGUACCUCCUCCCGGAAUUCCUCGGUUCCCUUCUCCAUAUCAAACUAUGGUUCGCCCCGCCUUUCCUCUACGCCCACCUGGAGCAGGUGGUGUGCUUCCAUCGCUCUCACGCCCUCCUAUUCCUGGAAUCCAUCCUCCAAUUGUUCCUCCUGUUGUCAGGCCAGUUCUUCCUAUUGUUCCCUUAACGGAGAAACCUCAAACCACCGUUUAUGUUGGCAAGAUAGCUUCAACUGUGGAAAAUGACUUUAUGCUCUCUCUCCUUCGGCUUUGUGGACCUGUGAAGAAUUGGAAACGUGCUCAAGAUCCCUCUGAUGGAACUCCAAGAGGCUUUGGGUUCUGUGAAUUUGAGUCUGCAGAAGGUGUUCUUCGUGCAUUGCGCCUGCUGAGUAAAUUUAAUGUUGAUGGGCAAGAACUGGUGCUCAAUGUUAAUCAAGCAACAAGAGAAUACCUGGAGCGCUAUGUUGAGAAGAAAACUGAAAGAGAAAAGAAACCCAACGAAACUGGAAACGAGGAAGAAAGUCAACCAGGUUCUGAGAAAAGCGAACCUCAAAGUACCUCUGAGAAGAAGGAUGAGAGUGAUUCAGCGGAUAAAGAAAAUCAAGAUAGUUCCACCUUUGGUAUUGUGACUGAUGAAGAUCAAGAAGCUGAUGGAGAUGCUUUGGAGAAGCUUACAAGUAUGAUUGAGGAGAGGUUAAAGACCAAACCACCACCCCCUCCACCUGCUCCGACUACUGCUGAUGGUUCUGCAAAGUCAAACUCUGAAAUGCCUUCUAAAUCAAGGGAUGGGGACUCAGAUGUGGAUAUAAUGAAAAGUGAUGGAGCAGAAGAUAAAAACGAUGAUGAGACAACAAGUGAAAACAAGCCCACCAGUGAGAAUGAUAAGCCUGAAACAAGCUCACCGGACAGAAGUAGAAGGUAUGACAGGCGAGGCAGAGAUAGGGACAGGGGACGGGAUCUAAAACGGGAUAAGGAAUGGGAACUGGAAAGGUAUGAAAGGGAGAGAGAGAGAGAACGAGUUAGGAGGGAAAGGAAUCGAGAGAUGAAGAUUCGAGAGGCUGAUCGUUUGUACAAGGAGCGAGUUAAGGAGUGGGAGGUGAGAGAGAGAGAGAAAGAGUAUCAACGCCAGCAUGAGAAAGAAAGGGAGAAGGAAAGGGAACGGGAACACCGUAGAGAGAUCAUGGAUCAAGAGGAUGAGAGUGAUGAUGAUGAUACAAGAAAGAGGAGGCACAGGAGUAGUGUUUAUGAGGAGAAGAGGAAGAAAAGGCAACGGGAGAAGGAGGACGACUUGGCUGACAGAUUAAGGGAAGAGGAAGAAAUUGCUGAUGCAAAGAGGAGGGCUAUCGAGGAGCAGCAGAUGCGGAAAGAUGAACCCAAGGUUGAGGUAGCUAAUGGACUGGAUGAGUCCAUUGUGCAGGAAGAAAGUAAUGGUGAACAGGCUUAUGAGGGUGACUCUGGUCAUUUUAAUCAUGCGGGGGAUAUGAUUCUAGGUAAUGGUAUUGCUGAUGAAGCAACCACGGUACCAGCUGCUGUUUCAGAUAUGAGGCAGAGUAGCAAUGCGCCUGCUCGUAAACUGGGGUUUGGGCUGGUAGGAUCAGGAAAACGAACUGCUGUUCCUUCGGUUUUCCAUGAAGAGGAUGAUGAUGAUGCUGAGAAGGAGAAAAAAAUGAGACCAUUGGUUCCCCUUGAUUACUCCACUGAGGAACUUAAAAGCAUCCAUCCUUCUGUUUCUGGGGCACCAUCUUCAAAUUUGGCUGCAGCUACUGAAUUUGCUAAACGUAUCUCCAAUUCUAAUACUAAGGAAGAGAGGUCUGACUCUGACAGGGAUAGAAAUAGGCGUUCUACUGACAAGAGUCAACGAGAUCGAGACCGCAAUGAUGAGGACAGUAAUCAUGCCAGAGAUGAAAACAGGGAGAAGAAACUUGUAGAUGCAAAACAGUUGAUUGAUAUGAUCCCGAAGACCAAAGAGGAGUUGUUUUCGUUUGAGAUAAACUGGGCUGUCUAUGACAAGCAUGAGUUACAUGAGAGAAUGAGACCCUGGAUCACAAAGAAGAUUACUGAGUUUCUUGGUGAAGAGGAAGUGACUCUUGUUGACUACAUAGUUUCCAGUACAAAAAAGCAUGUACAGGCAUCCCAGAUGCUGGAGCUGCUGCAAUCCAUUUUGGAUGACGAAGCUGAAAUGUUUGUGCUGAAGAUGUGGAGGAUGCUCAUUUUUGAAAUAAAGAAAGUAGAGACGGGUCUUUCAUUGAAGCCAAGGGCCUGAAAAAAGCCAGGUAUUUUCUUUCAUGUGUUAUGAGCAGUAUCAUACCAUUCUUUUAUUGUCAAUUUCCCUAUAAUUGUAGAAAACAUAAAUCAGAUGGAAAAAGACUUAUCCUUCCAUUUGUCUCAUGACCCUGUUCUUCCUAAAUGUGUAUUAGUUUGCAUAAGCAAUCAAAUGCCAAUUUUGUUGUGGAUUCUUAUUAAUGACACUUUCAUUUUUGUUGAAAAA